CAGAUAGAGAAAGGAGGACGGGAAAGAGAGGAGGAAGAAGGAGAAGGAAAUAAUGACGAUGAGCCUGCCGCGACCCCCCUGUCUGGUGUCUUCCUCCUCUGGCGGCUCCUCUUGCUGACGAAGACUCCCCGCCUCAGCCUGCCGCGGGCCCCAGGCUGGCUGCGCCACUGGCCAUGGUGCCCAGCGAGGAGAACCAGCUGGUCCCCAAAGAGGAUAUGCUUUGGAGAUGCAGACAAAGUGUCUUUGAUGAAAUGAAGAAGAAAUUUUCACAGAUUGAAAGUGCUGCUGAUGAACCUAGAGUGCUUUGUAUAAUACAAGAUACUACUAAUUCUAAGACAGUGAAUGAGCGCAUCACUUUGAACUUGCCGGCUUCCACUCCAGUAAAAAGACUGUUUGAGGAUGUAGCCACCAAAGUUGGCUACGUUAAUGGAACAUUUGAUUUAAUUUGGGGAAAUGGAGUCAAUGUUGCUGAUACGACACCAUUGGAUCAGUCUAGUGAUAAAACUGUUGUGGAUGCUGGUUUUGAACCUGGGAAAAAGAAUUUUCUGCAUCUGACAGAUAAAGACGGAGAACAACCUCAAAUAGUAUUGGAGGAGUCUAGUUCAACAGAUGACCGUAAUCCAGAUCGAUUUAUAGGUCCUCUUCCACGAGAAGGUUCAGUUGGUUGUUCCAAUGAUUAUGUCAGUCAGAACUACUCUUAUUCAUCAAUUCUGAGUAAAUCAGAAACUGGAUAUGUGGGUCUAGUAAAUCAAGCAAUGACCUGCUAUUUGAAUAGCCUGCUACAAACACUUUUCAUGACUCCAGAAUUUAGAAAUGCAUUAUAUAAAUGGGAAUUUGAGGAAUCUGAAGAAGAUCCAGUGACAAGCAUCCCUUAUCAGCUUCAAAGGCUGUUUGUUUUAUUACAGACCAGCAAAAAGAGAGCAAUUGAAACAACAGAUGUUACACGAAGCUUUGGAUGGGAUAGUAGUGAGGCAUGGCAGCAGCAUGAUGUGCAGGAACUCUGUAGAGUCAUGUUUGAUGCUUUGGAACAAAAAUGGAAACAAACGGAACAGGCUGAUCUCAUAAACCAGCUCUAUCAAGGCAAGCUGAAGGAUUAUGUAAGAUGUCUGGAAUGUGGCUAUGAGAGUUGGAGAAUUGAUACCUACCUGGAUAUUCCAUUGGUGAUUCGGCCUUAUGGCUCCAACCAGGCUUUUGCGAGUGUGGAGGAAGCUCUACAUGCGUUCAUUCAACCUGAGAUCCUUGAUGGCCCCAAUCAGUAUUUCUGUGAACGGUGUAAGAAGAAAUGUGAUGCAAGAAAGGGGUUGCGGUUCUUGCAUUUUCCUUAUCUGCUGACCUUGCAGCUAAAGAGAUUUGACUUUGAUUAUACUACAAUGCACAGGAUAAAACUUAAUGAUCGUAUGACAUUUCCUGAAGAGCUAGAUAUGGGCUCAUUCAUCGAUAUUGAAGAUGAGAAGUCUCCUCAAACAGAGAGUUGCACUGACAGUGGAGCAGAGAAUGAAGGCAGCUGCCACAGUGAUCAAAUGAGCAAUGAUUUUUCUAAUGACGAUGGAGUUGAUGAAGGAAUAUGUCUUGAAAGCAGUAGUACUGCUGAAAGGAUUUCAAAAGUUGCCAAUGAAAAGAAUUCAUUGUUAUAUGAACUGUUUUCUGUUAUGGUCCAUUCGGGAAGUGCAGCUGGCGGCCAUUACUAUGCAUGCAUAAAAUCUUUUAGUGAUGAUCAGUGGUACAGUUUCAAUGAUCAACAUGUCAGCAAGAUAACUCAUGAAGACAUUAAGAAAACUUAUGGUGGAACAUCUGGAAGUAGAGGGUAUUAUUCCAGUGCUUUUGCAAGCUCUACAAACGCAUAUAUGCUUAUAUAUAGACUGAAGGAUACAAUGAGAAAUGCAAAGUUCCUAGAAGUGAAUGAAUAUCCAGAGCAUAUUAAAAGAUUGGUAGAAAAAGAAAAGGAGUUGGAAGAACAAGAAAAGAGGCAGCGUGAAAUAGAGCGCAAUACUUGCAAGAUAAAAUUAUUCUGUAUGAAUCCUAUGAAACAAUUAAUGAUGGAGAAUAAACUAGAAGUUCACAAGGACAAGACUCUAAAGGAGGCUGUAGAGAUUGCUUAUAAGAUAAUGGAUUUAGAAGAGGUGAUUCCUCUGGACUGUUGUCGUCUCGUUAAGUAUGAUGAAUUCCAUGAUUAUUUGGAGCGAUCAUAUGAAGGAGAAGAGGACACUCCAAUGGGAAUCUUGCUUGGAGGCGUUAAGUCAACAUACAUGUUUGAUCUCCUUCUGGAAACAAGGCAACCUGACCAGACUUUCCAGUGUUAUAAACCUGGUGAAGUUAUGGUAAAAGUUCAUGUCGUUGACCUAAAGCAAGAAACUGUGGCUUCUCCUAUUAGUGUUAGGGCUUAUUUGAACCAGACCGUUACAGAAUUCAAGCAUCUCAUUUCAAAGGCUGUACACUUGCCGGCUGAAACAAUGCGGAUUGUGCUGGAACGUUGCUACAAUGACUUGCGUCUUCUCAGCGUGGCCAACAAAACACUUAAAGCUGAAGGCUUUUUUAGGAGCAAUAAAGUAUUUGUUGAAAGUUCGGAGUCACAAGAUCGACAGCUGGCAUUUACGGAUUCACAGUUAUGGAAACUUCUGGAUCGCCAUGCAAAUACAAUCAAACUGUACAUUUCAUUACCUGAACAAUCCCCUGGAUCACAGUUUCGAAGGACUGUUCUUCAGAAAGCCAGUGGAGAUUCUGGCAAUUUAGAGGAAAUUUGUGAAAGAGUGAAAGGACCUAUAGGUAAUAUGAAAUCAGUAGAAGCUAUCUUAGAAGAAAGCACUGAAAAACUUAAAACGUUGUCUCUGCAGCAACAGCAGCAAGACGGAGACAAUGGAGACAGCAGUAAGAGUACAGAGGCAAGUGACUUUGAAAACAUUGAAUCACCUUCAAAUGAGGUAGAUUCAUCAACAUCAGCAGAAAACCGAGAACUUGAAAACCAAAUUCAGGUUUCCGAUCCAGAUAAUUUCCAGUCUGAGGAGCGGUCAGAUUCUGAUGUGAAUAAUGACAGGAGUACAAGUUCAGUGGACAGUGAUAUUCUUAGUUCAAGUCACAGCAGUGACACAUUGUGCAACGUAGACAAUGCCACAAUGCCCUUGGCUAAUGGACUUGACUCACACAGCAUAACAAGCAGUAGGAGAUCCAAAGCCAAUGAAGGGAAGAAGGAAACCUGGGAUACAGCUGAAGAGGAUUCUGGAACCGACAGUGAAUAUGAUGAAAGUGGGAAGAGCAGGGGAGAAACGCAAUAUAUGUACUUCAAGGCAGAGCCCUAUAUUGCAGAAGAAGGUUCAGGAGAAGGACAAAAAUGGUUGUUGAUUCAUGUUGAUAAAAGAAUUACGCUCUCUGCCUUCAAACAACACUUGGAGCCGUUUGUUGGAGUUCCAUCCUCUCAGUUUAAGGUCUUUCGUGUUUAUGCCAGCAAUCAAGAAUUUGAGAGUGUUCGGCUGAAUGAGACGCUUUCAUCCUUCUCAGAUGACAACAAGAUAACAAUUAGGCUUGGGAGAGCACUGAAGAAGGGAGAGUACAGAGUCAAGGUUUACCAGCUCUUGGUAAAUGAUCCAGAGCCCUGCAAGUUUCUUCUAGAUUCUGUGUUUGCUAAAGGAAUGACUGUGCGGCAGUCAAAAGAGGAGCUACUUCCUCAGCUCAGGGAGCAAUGUGGGCUAGAGCUGACAAUUGACAGAUUCCGCCUGAGAAAGAAGACCUGGAAGAAUCCAGGGACUGUGUUUCUGGAUUAUCAUGUCUAUGAAGAAGAUAUUAAUAUUUCAAGUAACUGGGAGGUGUUCCUAGAAAUACUUGAUGGUGCAGAAAAAAUGAAAUCUAUGUCGCAGCUUGCAGUUCUGUCACGAAGAUGGAAGCCAUCAGAGAUGAAGCUGGAUUGUUUUCAGGAAGUAGUUUUGGAGAGCAGCAGCGUUGAUGAAUUAAAAGAAAAGCUUAGUGAAAUAAGUGGAAUCCUUUUAGAAAAUCUUGAGUUUGCAAAGGGCAGAGGAACAUUUCCAUGUGAGAUCUCAGUACUAGAAAUACAUCAGGAUUUGGAUUGGAAUCCUAAGGUUUCUACGCUGAAUGUAUGGCCUCUCUACAUUUGUGAUGAUGGAGCAGUGAUAUUUUAUAGGGAUAAAACUGAAGAAGUGGUGGAAUUGACAGAAGAACAGAGAAAUGAAUUAAUGAAAAAAGAAAGCAGCAGACUUCAGAAAACUGGACACCGUGUGACCUACUCCCCUCGUAAAGAAAAAGCACUAAAAAUAUAUCUGGACGGAGCGCCAAAUAAAGAUUUGACUCAAGACUGAUAUUUAUUUCAGCAUUUUCUCUGGGGAUGUUUUUGUUAAGUGUGAGAGAGUUACACUACUACUGUGUAGUGCUGUUAUGGCAGGACAUUAGGUGUAAAGUAAAGACACCAGCACUGAUUGGUAAAACUGCAGCCCAAUCCUGCUCAGUGCCCAGUCAGGUCACUGUUUGACUUGGAAUCAUGUUGUGCACUAUAGUCAAAUGUACUGUAAAGAGAAAAGGGAUGUGCAAAUAAAAAUGAAAAAUACAAAAAUGGGGCGGGGAGGGUAAGAAGCAAAAAUUGAGGACAAUGUGCACAUAGCAGUAGCUAGUAAACUAGCCUCAAACAGGAUAUUCAUAGCUUGAUAAUAAAAGCUGUGCAAGGCCAUGAACGGAUUCUUUUCUGUUUGUUUCACUGAUACACACAUUACCUCAUUGAAGAUUUCUGAAGUAAAUGUGACAGUGGCUUUUUUAAAAGCACCAGAAUGGAAAUGGACUGAAAAUGGGAUGGAAUUGGCUGAACCCGACGCUCAAAGUUAAAUUUUUAGCUGAAUCUUGUUAGUUUUCUCUUCCACAAAGCAGGACAUCUGAAAAGAAAAAGUAUUUUUUAGCAGAAGUUACCAUUACCAGCAGGUGGUGUUUCAUUUUGCAGAAGUGUUGUAACUGAUUUUUAUUAGGUUAUAGAUCCAGGCAACGUCACUGUUCCAUUCAGUGUGUAAAUACAACUCUGCCCUUCUGAGUUAGCAGAACUACAUUUCAACUGCUUACUAUGGUAUUUCUUUUCACAUAUCAAUAUUCACUGUGUACAUCUAAAGGUAUAGCUGCUUAUUUAAAUUUGUAUUCAUUUUAUGUUUGGCAAUACUGGGUACUUAGAUUGUAAUUUUCCCUUGUUAAUGAGUUUUGGGGUUUUUGAUUUGUUUGUUCAGCUACUUAUUUUUGUACAUUUUGUUUUGGGGCGCUUAAAAGUUUGCAUCUUCUAGUACCAUUAGAAGUCGUACUUUUAUUUUAUUUUUUCCUGGAGUUGAUUCAUAGUUUUUAUACGUAGGUGUUUUGUUUUUUAAGUUGGACAUCUUUUAACAUCUCCCAGUUAUAAACUUACCAGUAGUUCAGAAUGUGGUACAGGCUGAUGCAGUAAACAUAAUUUCAUUGCAAAGCUUAGACAAGUAAGAUUUUGCUUUGCUAUGUUGUAAGAUCAAUUACAAACAAUUCUGUAGGGGGUUCUCUCUGUUUUGUUUUUGGAAAUACCAUCUAAUUUAUAUCAAUCAAUAAAAGGUUUUGGUAAACUUUUCCAUGCCAGAUGCUGUUUACAACAAUGAACAUGCCAAUAAACAUUUGUUCAUUUUGUUGUUAUUAA